AUGUCCUCUAUCAAGUGCAACGAUUCCGGUAGCUUCAAACAUCAGGCCAAGGGUGUUUUCCGCAAGAUCUUCCUCAGCGCCAAAAAAAGCCUUAUUCCGUCGAAAACUAAGCUUACGAGGAAGGCAUCGAGUUCCACAUGGCGCUCAAAGUCGAAGAACGCGUCAGAAGACCCUGAUACAGCCAAACCGAAGAUAUCCUACCCUAUGAAGCUGCACAACUCGGAUCUGACUUUCGUGACGACUCAAGAUCCUUGGGAAUCAUCGGUCCGAUCAUCAGGCUUGCACCGCAGAGCCACCGUCGGUACCGCCCGAUCUCACAACCGCUCAGCGUCGUGCACGGAGAGUCGGUUCUCGACCCGCCAGCCAUCACAAGAGGGCAAGCGCCUGUCGUUUGGCGCUCAGCACCGUGUUUCGAAGGACUUGACCUGUAAUCUGAAUCCUCACUUGAGAAUCCGACCCGAAGCAGUACCAUCAUUGAAUCGUUCCGCAGGCACAGAUCGACCCAAGUCGGCAAGUCAUGCUAGGUCAUCCUCUGGCGACUCGCACUCGAAGCGUAGUCAGAACCAAUCAUUCCCACCCAACCGAGGAAGCCUGUACCGCCAUCCACCUACCAGGCCUCUAUCCCUCUCGCACCACAGUCGUCGUAACUCCGUUCUGGUCGCUGGAGAUGAAAACCCUAGGAGGAGUUAUAUCGAGGGAGCUAGUCGCCGUAGCUCAAUGGCCAGUUCCAAUCUCACCUCGACAACUAAUCAACUUCGCCAAAGCUGGACCACAGGACGUGCCAUUUUGGACCCUUCCACCCCACAGGGUUCAGGCUUAUCUUGCUCUGAGCGGUCUUUUGUGAUAACCUCCGGCACCGAUCAAAAAAGUAUCUCUAGUUACCGCCGCCCAGCGAGAAACGAUUGGGCUGGUGUGAUCGAAGAAGACAUCACCUUGACUCUUAUGGGCUGCCCUGAAAGUUUACCCACCACCAAGAGAGCCUCUCGAGUGGCUGCAGUACGAUCUACGCCACCUCCGAUCGCGACAUCAUCAGGACCAGCCCCGACAAUCACAUCCCCCAUCCCAUCUCCAUUACUCGCACUCUCUUUAUCAUCGGCGGAAGACGCGUCUCCCGAGAAUUUCCUCUCAGAAGACCAGAUUUCGCACUCAGAAGACGCGUCACUUGAGAAUUUGUCUCUAGAUGACACGCCUCGAAAACCCCUGCGAUCAGAACACACGCCUCGGAAACUCGUACAUGCAGAAGAGACGCCUCGAAAACCCGUAGCUUCAGAAGACGCCUCCUCUCUACCACCUUCCGUAGAUGCACCUCCAACCACGACUUCACCUAGCACAUCUAUAACACAGCGUUCAGCAAGUCCAUCUGCCACACCACCCUGUGUAGCCUCUUCGCCAACACCACCAUCAACACCGUCCCCACCUCCCUCCAUUCGAUCGAUUCCGCUUCCUCAGAUUCACAAGCCGCUCUCAUUGCUGUUUGAGUCGAGGGGCUCUUCCCAGAUUGAUGGGAUCGACGGCCAGUCCAAACGCCGAUCAGAUUGGUAUUCCGAACUCAUGACGACGGUCGAACAGUCAAUCUCCAAAUUAAACUGA